CUGCUCUCCUGUCUCAAGAAUACGAGCCCUUGAGAAAAAUUCAGAGUUGGUAUACACAAAAACCAAGUGGGUUUUUGACACAAAAACCCACCGUCAAUAUUGACGAAAUCCUAGUAGAGGCUUUCAGGCUUUGGUCUUUCUUCGCUGUAUGCAACAUCCUCUUUAAACUUAAAAGCGCUUUUUAAAACUGGUACCUUUAAAAAUUUGUAUGGCUUAGAACUUAGAAUACAGAAUCUUAAAAGUGACCAGUUUUAAAAAGCGCUUUUAAGUUAAAAGAGGAUUUUUGUAUACAGCUGUCUGUGUUUAAAUAAAAAUCUUAUUGAACAGGUUUGUAGAGAAUUUAAUAUUGGCUUCAAUAAGAGCUCAAUUACAUUGAAAUUGAAUAAAAAUUAACGGAGCUGUAAAGCAAAAACUGUCUCAGGGCCGGUUUCUCAAUAGCGAGUUACCCCCGGGUUAGUUUUAACUCCCUGGUUAACGUGUCAAAUUGCAAUGUUUACCCUGGAGUUAGCUUAACCCGGAGGUGACCUGCAUUUGAGAAACCGGCGCCGGCGGCCCUCAGUGUCAAGUACACACUUUGGAAAAAUAUCGUAUCGAUGAAUCGUAUCGAUAAGUAAAUAAACCCUUCUCUAAUUCUACCAAAUUACAGAUUUCUUCUUUGACCUAAAAUGGUUGUCCUUGUCAAAUAAAUGUCGCAUAUUUGUUGUCAACAAAACAGCCAUAUUGAUUAUUAAUUUACUAAAAAAAAAUAACUUUUAAUUAUUAUUGUGUUAAAAUGAACGAUACAAAAAAGGGCUUUCAAUCAGACGAUGAAGAAGAUUUGGAGGCCUUGCGCUUGGCUGCCCUACAAACCUUAAAAAAAACCCCUUCUGAUGUUAUUUCUAUACAAAGUCCUAUACGUAAUUUGCCUUAUAGACCUCGUGGGAAUUAUACGAAUAAAAGGGGAAGGUUUUAUGGUGGUAGAGGCGUAAAAAAUGGUCAAUUUCAUGGUGGUAGAGCUGUUUCAAGCAACUUAAUACCCUUGACCCCUUCUCCAAUGGAAAUCAACACAAAACCCUCAGAAGAAAUCAAACUGCACCUGCCCCAAGACAAUUACCUCAACAAACCAACCGAAGAACCAUCAAAAUCCAAUGAAAUUUCAACCAAAUUUGAUCGUUACAAAGACAAAUCUGAAGACGAAGACACUGAGGAUGAAUUACUUAAAUCAGACUCGGACGACGAUGUCAGUCCUGGGCCAGUAAAAUUGCAAAGAUCUGACAGUUUAGAGGCCCUAAUGCAAGAACUGACUGAUGAAAUUCAAGGCAAAAUUACUCAACAACCUAAAGCAAAAGUGAAGACUAAAAGAAAAAAAGAAGCUACAGUGGUUGAAGUAAAAGAAGAACCAAAAAUAGAGGAAAAAGUAGAAGAAGAAACAAUUAUUGAAAAGGUGGAAGAAGAAAAAACAAUUAUCAAAAAAGUGGAAGAAGUAACGGUACAAAAAAAAGAAGAGCUAGUUGUUGAGCCUCAACUGAAAAAAGCCAAAAAUUUCCAGCCCCAAAAAACCUAUCAAAGAUACAGAAACAAUUUCCAACAACCCUUUGUACCACAAUUUCCAACAUACCCCCUUGAAAUUGCAUAUGCCCCUUAUGUGCCCCCUUUUAGACCUCUCUCACCUCUUCACAUAAGCGCAGAAACUCUACAAACCCAAACCAUGGCCCCUUUGUCCCCAAGAAGUGCAGCCUUUGUCCUGGAAAACAGAGCAAUUGUAGAAAAACGUAAACGCUCCCCUAGAAGAUCCCCAUCUUUCAGCCCUAGAAGAAGCUUAACGCCAGUACGUAGAAGAUCUUUGUCUCCUAGAAAACGAUCACUUACACCUAAAAGAAAAUCCCCUAGUCCACUACCAAGAAAAAGGCGAAAUUUCAGUCCAAAACGCAGACUCCCUAGUCCUAAACGAAGAUCUAUGAGUCCUAGAAGACGAACUGUUAAAAGCAAGCCAAGCAUUAGAGAGCGUUUAGGGGUCAAGACUGCUGCAAAAGUUGAAGAAGACAAAAAACCUACCAGUGUGGAAAAAGUGGAUCCUGUUUUGGAAGCCAGAAAAAAGAAGUUUGAAAAUAAGGAGAUUAAACUUAGAGAGGGAGUGAUAAGGCUUAAGCCUAAAGAAGAAGCAAAAACUAUUGUUGAAGAGCCUCUAGACGAAGAUGAAUUAGAGAUAAAUACAGAUAUUGAUUUAUUUUUUGAUGAAGAUGAGUCUACAAGUGAAAUUGAAGUGAAAAAGGAGCCUUCAAUUAAUGGAAUAAAAGAAGAUAAAAAGCCAAAAUUACCAGCAGAACCUAAAAUCAAGAAAAAAUUGGGGGUGAAAUUGGACAGGAAUUUGAAAAAGUUUGACAGGAAAAUUGAGAUUAAAAUUAAAAAUCCUUCCAAGUAUCAGCAAGCGGAUAAGGAAAAGGAGAAAUUGAAGAAAGUUGAAAGUUUGUCUCAAAAUUAUCCUGAGGAUGAAGAGGAAGAUGAUGCUGAGAUUAUUGUAGAGGAUGACAAGGAUGAAAACAACAUAAAUAAUGAAGGUGAUUUGAGGGCACAAUUGAGCAAAAAACGAGCAGAAAAACGUCAAAAAAACACCAGAAAAGAAGUGAUGACGUCCCGAUUGCUGCAAAACGCUUUACAGAACGUUUUGCCUAUCAAGAAGAAAUCUAAGAAAUCUUCAAAGCUGUCCAGCACUGAUAUCGAUAGUAGUAAGAUGCCGAUACGUUUGAGGCUAGGCCUGGCUCACACUUCGGACGCGUUCGCUACUAGUAAGCAGAAAAAUAAAUCAAAAAAACGGAAAUUGAGCGACAUUGAUUCUGAAGAUCAGGUAUUUGUUGUUUUUUAAAAAAAGAAUAUAUUUUGUUUGUUGUUGGUAAGUUUUGAAUGUGAAUUACGAGAAGAAUGAUUAAUUUCCUAUUUGAAAAGGCAUAUCAAAUGUAGAUUUUUUUUUUUUUUAAUAAUUUUGAAAUUCUAACAUUAUUGUUAAACAUUCUGUGAUAUUAAUUUAAGUGUUAUUAUUGUCAAUUAUUAGUAUUAAGGAUUUUUGUAGCUGCUAAAUCUCAUUCUUAUGGUCGUAUAGGUGUAACAACGAGACAAAAAUGGAUAUGCAAUGGAAAAUUACCAAGCGCUGGGAUUUAAUUCAUAAGUUAAUUGUAAAAAAAAACUUUUUCCAGUGAAUAAUUAAUUGAAAUUGAUUUAUUGUUUAGUUGUAAGUUUGCGGUUUGUAUAAAAAGGUUUUACGAUUCUUUAUUUCGAGUUUUAAGCUGUAUAAACUAAAAUUAAGUUAAGGUUUAAAUCUGAAUUUAUUUAUUUUAAGUCUCAAUAUAG